GGAACCUACAGAGGGUCUGUACAAAAAGCUUUUUACACACAGUACUUGGUUUUUACACAUCCAACACAGUCACCUACCAAUUUAAUUAGCUUUACUAAAAGCAAUCUAACCAAACUUAAUUGCUGCACUUCACUGCACUGCUCUCUCUCUCUCUCUCUCUCUCUCUCUCUCUCUCUCUCUCUCCAUGGACUUUCAUCUGAAACAAUGGAGAAACCAGCAUGAGUCAGAAGAGGAACAACAUUCCACAAAGAUGCCAAAACUUGUUCUUCACCACCCUGCAGAAUCCCAUCAUCAACAAUCUUCUGUUCCUCCUGCACUCCCUUUCCUUGUUCCUCAUUCCAACACCAAACUCACCAACUUGUCAGAUUCAAUAGCAUUACCACAUUCCAAUAUCACCAACAGAUCAUUUCCCAGAAUUGGAAGCCAUUUUAGCAUAUCUCAAUGGCAAGAACUUGAGUUACAGGCUUUGAUAUUUAGGUACAUGUUAGUUGGUGCUUCUGUUCCUCCUGAACUUCUUCAACCUAUCAGGAAAAGUCUUCUUCAUUCAUCUCCUUACUUUCUUCAUCACCCUCUUCAACAUUAUCAAUCCACAGCUUUGUUGCAAGCAGGGUAUUGGGGAAGAGGAGCAAUGGAUCCAGAGCCUGGUCGUUGCCGGAGAACCGACGGUAAAAAGUGGCGGUGUUCGAGGGAUGUGGUGACUGGACAGAAGUACUGUGAAAGACAUAUGCAUCGUGGUAGAAACCGUUCAAGAAAGCCUGUGGAACUUCCCACACCAACUAGUGCCGGUGGUGGUGGUGGCGGCGGUGGCGGUGGAUCUUUCUCUGCUUCACAGUCUCUUGCUACUGCCUCAUUGAAAUCUCCUUUUAAUCUUCUUCAUCUCAAUGAACGUUCCUAUGGGACCAAGAAUGAAGACAAAAGCAGCUUAUUUGAAAGCGAAGAUCAUGUGGGUGGGGAUGGAAGAUCAGGUGGGAAAAUGCUAAGACAUUUCUUUGACGAUUGGCCAAGAUCACUACAACAAGAGUCUGACAAUGCUGAAAACAACAAUGGUGGUGGGUCAUCAUCCACAUGUCUCUCAAUUUCAAUGCCAGGAGGAAAUAACAACACUUCUUCUUCUACUUCAGAUAUAGUAUCAUUGAAAUUGUCCACUGGCUAUGGAGAAGAACCAUGCCCAAGAAAUGUUAAUGUGGGCCUAGAAACUGAGCAACAACAACAACUUCAAGUGAAUUGGGUCGGUGGAUGGAAUUCAGGUAAUCAAGUGUCUUCAAUGGGAGGACCACUUGCUGAAGCACUUAGAUCAUCCACGACAACUUCUUCACCUACUAGUGUUUUGCAUCAAUUGCCACGUUCUUCUGCUUCUGAAACCAGCUACAUUAGUGCCUAAGUUUAGUAGUUUGCUACUUUAAUUAGCUUGUGUUUAGUUUCCACUUUUGGAGAAUUCUUGGACCACUGACAGGGGCUUUGUAUCAAUCUUAUGAACUAUGUUUGUUUUUUAUUUGUUGGGAAAAAGAGGGAUAAUUUAUAGCCUUUUUUCAUCAA